AUGGGCAAGCGAGGCACGGAUCGCACGCCCUCGACAGCGGUGUCGCCGCAAGAACCGGAUGGUGCAAAAAAGUCUCGUAUAGAUGAUGCACCAGCUGUCGUGACAGACGAGUUCACAGCCGAGUCUGUGCGACAAGUGCCGACAGCCGAAGACGCACAGUCUACCGACCAUGACUCGUCGUCCAUCCAGCAAUCGGCGGCGACGCUGAAGCUGUCGCACUCGGUGCGCCACCAGGUGGCUAUUCCACCUGGCUAUGACUACGUGCCUUUAUCCAAGCAUGUUCCGCGUGAUCCACCCUCUCGCUCGUGGCCUUUUGAGCUGGAUCCGUUCCAGCGAACGUCAGUCCACUGCAUUGAGCGUAACGAGAGCGUCCUUGUAUCAGCUCAUACCUCCGCAGGUAAGACAAUUGUGGCAGAAUAUGCCAUUGCCCAAGCUCUACGUGAUCGCCAGCGUGUCGUGUACACAUCGCCCAUCAAGGCCCUGUCCAACCAAAAGUACCGUGAAUUUGCGGCUGAGUUUGGUGACGUCGGCUUAAUGACCGGCGAUGUCACUCUCAAUCCUAGUGCUUCUUGUCUUGUCAUGACGACUGAAAUUCUUCGGUCCAUGCUGUAUCGUGGAUCUGAGCUCAUGCGUGAAGUCGCUUGGGUCGUGUUUGAUGAAAUUCACUACAUGCGCGAUAAGGAGCGUGGUGUUGUAUGGGAAGAGACCAUCAUUCUUUUGCCUAGAAAAGUGCAUUAUGUCUUCCUAUCAGCCACCAUUCCAAAUGCUAUGCAGUUUGCCGAGUGGAUCUCCCAAAUCCAUGCUCAGCCAUGCCAUGUUGUGUACACAGAUUUUCGCCCCACACCAUUGCAACAUUACCUAUUUCCUCAGGGCGGCAACGGCAUUCACCUUGUGGUGGAUGAAAAGGGUGUGUUCCGUGAAGACAAUUUCCAGCGAGCUAUGGGUGCCCUGGCGGAGGCUCGCGGCGAUGAUCCGGCGAGUACCGACUCAGGCAAGGGUCGAAAGGGCCAGUCGAAGAAAGGAGGUGCCAACUCUUCGGGUACAUCCGACAUUUACAAGAUUGUCAAAAUGAUCAUGCUGAAAAAAUACAAUCCCGUCAUUGUAUUUGCAUUUAGCAAGCGGCAAUGCGAGGCUCUUGCGCUGCAGAUGACCAAACUAGAAUUCAAUACGGACGAGGAAAAGGAUAUGGUCUCCACUGUUUUCAAGAACGCCACGGCAUGUCUGAAUGAAGAGGACCAGAACCUGCCGCAAAUUCAGCACAUUCUUCCUCUUCUCCGGCGCGGUAUCGGUAUCCAUCACGGAGGACUCCUUCCCAUUCUUAAGGAAGUGAUCGAGUUGCUGUUUCAGGAGGGUCUUCUUAAAGUUCUGUUUGCUACAGAGACAUUCAGUAUUGGUCUCAAUAUGCCAGCGCGCACCGUCGUAUUCACGGCUGUGCGCAAAUGGGAUGGUAAUGAAUUCAGAAACUUGUCAUCGGGUGAGUUUAUUCAGAUGAGUGGUCGUGCUGGUCGUCGCGGUUUGGAUGACCGUGGUAUUGUCAUUAUGAUGUUUGACGAAAAGCUUGAACCCAGCGCUGCCAAGGUCAUGGUCAAGGGCGAGGCUGAUCGACUGAACAGCGCUUUUCAUCUCGGCUACAACAUGAUUUUGAAUCUGAUGCGGGUAGAAGGAAUUUCCCCCGAGCUUAUGUUGCAGCGCUGCUUUUUCCAGUUCCAACAGGCUGCGUCCGUUCCAAUGCUCGAGGACAAGCUUGCUGCGGCCAAGCAGAAUCACGAUGCCAUCACUGUCCCGGAUGAGGAUGAAGUCGCUGCGUACUAUACCAUGAAAAAGACGCUUGCGCAGCUUGAUGCUGACCGUCGCGAAGUGAUGCGGCACCCUAGCUAUGCUCUACCAUUUCUCCAAGCAGGCCGCCUUAUCAAGGUGCAGCACGAUGACACCGAUUACGGCUGGGGCGUUGUCGUGUCCUAUCAAAAGCGCAUGCCGCCGCGUGGCCAGGAAUUUGAUCCUCGUGCACCGGCGCAUAGUCUCUACGUCGUGGAUACCUUGCUUCAUUGUGCAAGUGGCACGGUCGUACCCAAGCAGCGCGAGUUUGCGCCUUCCUUCUCGGGCAUUGAGCCUGCGUCCAGCAGUAGCGGUGAAUGGAUCAGUGUGCCUAUUUUGCUUUCGCAUGUCCAAGAAUUCAGUGGGAUUCGCGUGUUUUUGCCCAAAGACGUGCGCUUGCGCGAUGCUCGAGCUCAGGUGGGCAAAAACUUGCAAGAAGUACAUCGCCGCUUCCCAUCCGGUCUGCCGCGCCUCGAUGCAGUCAAGGACAUGAAGAUCGAUGAUAUGUCCUUCAAGCAGCUGUUGGGUAAGAUGGAAAUUUUACAGACGAGGAUGGAGCAGGCCCCUAUUGCCCAAGACCAAACGUCAUUCCAGCCCAAGUAUGAUUUGUAUGCCAAGAAACGCGAGAGUGCCGAUCUGGUGCAGACGCUCGAGUCACAAAUUUCCACGGCUCACAAUGUGCUGCAGCUCGAUGAGCUCAAGUGCCGCAAACGCGUUCUUCGCCGACUCGGCUUCACCUCAUCCGAAGACAUCGUCGAAAAGAAAGGCCGCGUGGCAUGUGAAAUUUCCACAGGCGAUGAAUUGCUCCUCACGGAACUCAUUUUUACCGGCACGUUUAACGACAUGGAGCCAGAGCAUUGCGCAGCGCUUCUCUCAUGUUUCGUUUUCGGUGAGCGUAGUGAACACCCGGUGCGAUUGAAAGAAGAGCUUGCAGCGCCUCUUCGUAUACUUCAAGACACCGCUCGGCGGAUCGCCAAAGUGAGCGUCGAAUGCCGCCUUCCUGUGGUGGAGCAAGACUAUGUCCAGAGCUUCAAAGUGGAGUUGAUGGAUGCCGUCCUACAAUGGUGUCAGGGCGCGCGCUUUGUCGACAUCUGCAAGAUGACAGACGUGUUCGAAGGUUCUAUUAUUCGUGCGUUCCGUCGGCUUCAGGAACUACUACGCCAAAUGUCGCAGGCAGCCAAAGCUAUCGGUGACGAGGAACUGUCGAGUAAAUUUGAGCAAUCACUUGCCAAGCUAGAGCGUCCCAACUCGAUCAUCUUCAGCCCCUCACUCUACCUUUGA